UUCAGAAUGACAUGUAUGAACUGAAUGACUUCUUCCUGUCCAGAACAGACGCUGGUCAUUUGUCAUGUGAAAAAGGAAAGGACUUUUCAUAGGUAUCCUGUGUGUUUCUACAGGAGUGUGUUUCCACUGUGCAAUAGACGUGGUUCCAGUGAAGAACGAAGACGGCCUGGUCAUCAUGUUUAUUCUCAACUUCGAGCUUCCCACUGACCCCAGACCAGUCAACAGCUCACCAGCCAGAGAGCUCAACAGAGUGCUGCGUAUCCCAUGGCUGACCCUGGCUCGGCGACAGCGUCUGCGCCUCCUCCUCCGCUCCAUCAGCGGUAGUACGGGUGUCCUAUCCCAGGACACGGAGCUGGGUGCUCCUCGUGGCGACCUCCCACCCCUUGGACAUGAGUCAGUGGCCCUGGACAAACUGCUGUCCCUCCCCGAAAGACAGCAGCUGGAGGAGGCAGGAGCUGGACUGCUGCUGUGGGACCAAGAAAUAGAGGAGGAAGAACAAAUAAAAAGAAGGGGAAGAGAAGGAGAGAGGAGCAACUUGGUGGCACCCAGACGAAGGAGUGAGGGAGACCGAAAGAGAAGAGAAGGAGGUGAUGUGUAUGAGCUGCUCAUGGACACAAGUGCAGGAGGAGACGGAGGGAGGAGAGGGAGGGAGCUCCACACAGCUCUGCCCCCAGCUCCACUCUCCGCACCUCCAACACUGGCCCUGCCACCCGCCUCUUCACAUGCUCCACCACGGAGAGAGGAGAGAGGAAGAGGCCGAGAUGAAGAUGACUGUCCUUUCCACAGCAAGCACCCUCCUGCCAGGGUGGUCGGCAGCUGUGGAGCGUUAAAGCAUUCCUCCUCAGUCGAUGCUAUCAAGAGUGGGCAGAAUUACUGGGAGAAGAGGCUGCAGCUGAGACACAGCUGUACUGCUGGGUUGCUAACCAUCAGAAAGAGCAGUGUGCCAGUUGGAACAUCAGACUCCGAUUUGCGCUGCCGGACCAACAGCCAGAGGUUCUUCUGGUGA